AUGAUACGAGCUCCCAUCAUCAACACGGCGCUGAAUGCUGCCAGCACAUUGCGACAAGUCUUGUCGGGCAAGAACGCUUUUGAGGAGGUGAUUUCAACCAGAAGGGCGCAAGAACUUUGCCUUCGCGAUGUUUCAUCUGCGCCACUUUGGUUGCUUGCAUGUAGACGAGCACGAGGUCGCGCCGAAAAGGCUUUUGCGACAGGCAGCCCGACCGAAGUGGCAAACAGCCUUGCACGCUGGUCCGAGCUGCACCGCUUCGGAGAGGUAAUGUCACAUGUGGGCGCACUGAGACCUACAUUCGCACAAAGACAUUUGAUCAAGCUUGCCGAGAGCUGGUAUGAAGCGGCCGUGGCUAGAGGAGUCCGGUCGGGGCUCCUCAAGCCUGCAGAGGCACAGGGCAUCCCUGCCGUCAGCCUGCUACGUGCCUCUGUCGAGGACUCGACCGCCCAGCUCUUUGCGCUCGCAGCGAAGCAGCAGCAGCAGCUGCAGAAUUGCCUGCAGAAAGGCUUGGGGGGACAAGCACAAGGGUAUUUGCACAUGAACGAUGAGGAUCUUCGAGGCCUGACGGAGAUGAUGAAGUCUGAAUAUGCAAGUCAUCUUGGCUCUGCUGCAGUUUGGCGCCGAGCCAAAUACAAAGUUUCGAUUAGCUGGCCAGACAUGCACAAGAUUUCGGAUUAUUGCCAGAACGCUUCGACCCGGCAGCGCAUGUUUGAGGCGUACUAUGCAGGCUUCGACAGCUCUGUGGACGAGGCGGCCCUUGAGCUGCUCAGAACACGCCGGCAGCUUGCUCAAAAGCUGGGUUUCAGGAGUUGGGCUGACCUGGAGAUGGCACCCUUGGCUCUGGGAGAUGAGGCAGGAGCACGUCGCUUUCUGGACCUCUGCUGGAAGGAUGCUCAGGCGGCUCUUGCUCCCGUGCACAAGCGAAUAGAAGAAUGGAGCUCAAGAGAUGCGUCAGGUUCCUCAGAACGACGCGGCAAAGUCAGCCAGGCUGAUGAGGCCUUUUGGCAUUCACACCUGUCACGACAAUCUGAUAUCUGGAAGUUUGCGGAGUACCUAUCGCUGGAGAAAAGCUUGCCCGGCCUUCUCGACGUCGUUGGCAAAGUCUACGGCGUCACUUUCCGGGAGGCCACCGCUCCCGGGUACUUCUCAAGACUCCCCAGUGGCUGGCACACCUCGGUGAAGAUAUUUGAGGUUCUUGACGGGGCACCACGUCCUGCUGGAGUGAAAGGUGAUCCCGGGAAGGGGAGGCUGGGCUAUGUCUACUUGGACCUCUAUGCAAGGAUGUCCAUGCUGGGUCGACAAGCUGUGGAGCUGGCUGGGGCGGGAAUCCUUUGUCCUGGUCACGCGUAUGUGAGUUGCAAGCUGUUCAGGCCGUCUCUGGGCCGGAGCAAGCUGCUGAACGUGGAGGAAGCUGUGGCGCUUGCCCACGAACUUGGUCACGCAAUACAUAUGCUAUGCCACAUGGGGUCUCCUUGCGAUUUUUCGGACCUGCCUCUGGACUUGGUGGAACUGCCCUCCACGUUGAUAGAGACCAUCAUUCUCCAGCCGAAGAGCUUGGCAAAGUACGCAACUCAUCACACUUCCAAUCGUCCACCUCCUGAAUCCUUGAUCCGUUCAUGCCAGCGUAACCAACGUUUCUUCAUCAACGCUUUGCAGAAUGCGAGCAUUGGGAUGGGCUUGCAUGCCGAGGCAUUCGAUCCCUUCAAGGCGACCCCGGCGGAUCUUCGACGAGAGGCGGUGUCUUUGUGGCAGCGAUAUUCCCUGGUACCAGCAGAUCCAGCCUUCCAUCCUUUGGGCACCGAUGCUGGCGUACAUGUAGCAGCAGGCGGAAAUCAGGUGGCAUACCUUGUUUGCUAUUUGCGUGUUGCUGGCAUUCUGCAGGCAAAAGCUGCGAGGAAAGAUGGAGAUGCUGUUUGGCUGCAGCGAGACUUUCCCAAGCGCAUUCGUGGGCAGCUGUUGGACCAGAAAUUCGCUCCGAAGGGAUGGGCCUCCCGGUUUCCAGCGAAAGCUGAGAGUCAGCCGCGCCCACAUCCGCUUCCUCCGCUACCGAAGGACACCUCCGCUCUUCUACAGCUAGCUGCUGGAUGA